UUUAAGGCACGUGUGGCCAGAUACACGACGUAAAAAACUUUAGUUGUUGUUUUUUCUGUCGAGUAUUUGCCAUACGUUCAAUGCCAAAGUGAAUUUCUCAGUAAGUUUAUGAAGUUUAGAGCAACUGUUCAAGUGAACAACACCAGAAGUGAACAUCCACAAUUAUUGAAUUCUUUUUAACAAAUUGUCAUUGUGUGAAAUAUGCCAAUAACACUCUAUUCUUCAAUAGGUGAUCCGUCAUCUUUGGCUGUUAGUCAAGCAUUGGAAUAUUUAGAGUUGGAACACGAACUGGUGAAUAUAAGUGUUAACGAUAGUGAUCCUAUGCCUCAAGAAAUUACACGG